CAGGCAGGCAAGGAAAUGCCUGGGACAUCCGGAGUUUCUGCAAAUAAAAAGGCAGGAUGCUUCCACCGGCGAGCAUCAACGAGAGACAGUGACCACCCCAGCUCUGAACAACCGCAUCGUGAGAAAAGCCCCAUUAUGAUCAGCACAAAGGUCCUCCUAGUCGGCCUCCUCGUCCUGGCUCUUGUCUUCACCAUCGCCGUGGCUCAACGUGGAGGUUACGGCCGCGGAUUCGGCGGGGGACGCGGAUUCGGCGGUGGUGGACGUGGAUUCGGCGGUGGACGUGGUUUUGGUGGUGGACGCGGAUUUGGAGGAGGACGUGGAUUUGGAGGCGGUCAUGGCGGAUACAGAGGAUAAAUGCUCCAUUCCACGUAACAUCUCCCGAUGAGGGACCGACGUAAGGUGCAGUCCGGCGGCGCUUGUUACAGGCUAGAGGGCUGCACUCCCGCGGAAUGCAUUCCUUUCGAAAGGAUGCAUCUCUGAGGCCUUACACAAAAUAAACUCUGCCAUCUUUGA